CAAUACACAACAGUUGUGUAGUUUGUUCUUUCCAGUUCCACAAUGUAAAUGCACAGUUCUACGUCUUCCUUUCCAAUUUAUUGAGUUUGCGUGUUGACGCUAUGCCUGCCAUGAGUGCUGUUCGUUGCUUUAGUCCCGUGCUCUCAGUGACAUGUUGUCGCAAUGUGUCCAGCACGUCAACCCAAGGGACGAGAAGACGAGUUGUUGUGACUGGCGCAGGUGCCGUCACACCACUUGGAGUUGGCGUGGAAACCUCGUGGAGUCGACUCUUGGCGGGAGAGAGCGGUAUUGGGCAGCUAUAUGGUGAUGAAUUUGCUGAGAUACCGUCUAAAGUUGCUGCUCGUGUACCCAGAGGGUCUGGUGAUGGACAGUGGCAGGAGAGUAGCAGACUUGAUAGAUCUGAGUCUUUGGCAACUCGGUUUGCCUUAUCAGCAGCGACAGAGGCCCUGUCCAUGGCCAAGUGGAAGCCAACGUCCGAUGAGGACUGUUCCAGAACGGGUGUGUGUAUAGGGAGUAGCUUGCCAGGCCUACAGGAGAUCUUGGAGAGUGGGCAGAGUUUGAAGCAAGGAGGCUACAGGCGUGUCAGUCCAUUCUUUAUACCUCGUAUUCUUGUGAACAUGCCAGCGGGGGUGAUUAGUGUCAAGCAUGGACUACGAGGACCCAACCUUGCGUUGUCUACAGCAUGUGCGACUGGUAUUCACAGUAUUGGUGAGGCAGUGGAAAAGAUUCGUCACGGCACUGCUGACGUUAUGGUGGCUGGUGGCACCGAGACCACUAUUGUACCGUUGGUUGUGGCUGGAUUUGGCAGGGCACGUGCUUUGAGCACACACUUCAACUCUGAGCCGGAGAAAGCCUCACGGCCAUUUGACUCUGAACGAGAUGGCUUUGUCAUGGGUGAGGGUGCCGGAGCAGUGGUGCUUGAAGAACACGACCAUGCUGUGCAGCGUGGUGCUGGUAUACUGUGUGAAGUGGUUGGAUAUGGUUUGUCAGGCGAUGCUCACCACAUCACUGCCCCUAAUUCAGAUGGCAGUGGUCCGAUGGCAGCCAUGACAUAUGCACUGAACGAUGCUGGCCUACAACCUAGUGAUGUCACAUUCCUUGCUGCUCAUGCUACAUCCACUCCACUGGGCGAUGCAGCUGAGGCAUCUGCCAUUCGCUCAGUCUUCAAAGAUCACUGUCAACGCCUGCAUAUUACAGCUUUCAAGAGUGCUAUUGGUCAUCUACAGGCUGCAGCUGGUGCAGUGGAGAGUAUCUUUGCAAUGCUAGCAGUGAACAAGGCACAGCUACCAGCGAUACGCAACUUGAAUACGCCUGAUACCGGUAGCUGCACACAUGAUAUGAACUUUGCUCGCCAGAAUGUGUCGUUGCUUAACAACGCCAGCGAAGGCAGCACAGUGCCGGUGCGGCGUGUGGCUGUGGUCAAUUCGUUUGGAUUCGGCGGGACUAACGCCUCGCUGUGCAUACGCUCUCUCCCAUCUUAGCAACCAGUAAGUGAGAGUGGGUGAAGUGACCUACACUGAGCACAUGUCUUCUGUACCCAUUCUGUUGACGGGAUGAUGCAGCAAACACGUUGAUCAGAAUGUUGUUGCCUGAUGAUCGUGACUACCGUAAAGUACCGUUGAUCCCCCCCCCCCCCCGCUAUGUCGCUUCCCAGCUGUGUUUACGGCAGGGGGCGGGAAUUAGAUCAAGGCUGUCAAGUGCAGUACGAUGUACAACAACGUGGAAGUUCAGACUCCAUGAGCUGGAUUGUGCACAUUUUCAUCCUGCACUCGCACAUUAUGUGUACAGCAGUGCAUGCGUCGGUUCGACAUCGUAUUUCGUUGUAUACGCCGAAGUCGCUUCACAGGCAGAAAAUCGACAGUGGGCGGCAAUUAGAGUGGGGGCGGAUCAAUGGUACUUGACGGUACCGGUACGUGAAACUCGGAGUUAAAGUUGAAGCAAA